AUGGAUCUUGAGAUGAAUAAUGCAGCUCCAACGCAACCAACGCAUCCACGGCCAUCUCAUUCUCAUAUGCCUAGAGAUGGAUCUGGUUCAUCUUUUCAGCCAAUGGGUUUUCAGCAUCAGCAAUCGCAACAGACUCCUCUUUCCUUUCAGCAACUACUACAACAACCUCCUAUUCAUUCGUCUGCAUCUUUAACCCCUGAACACAUGAUUCAAUUUCAACAAUAUCAGAUGUUCCAGUCAUUCUUCCAGAUGAUGUCACAGUCGCCAAACAGUUCACAAGUAAUGAUGCAGAUGAUGACGCAAUCGCCUCAGACGUCUCAAGUUUCUCAGUCACGGACGCCACAAAUGAUGCCGACACAACAAAUGUCUCAGAUGCCGCAUACUUUUCAGAUGAUGCUGAUACCACAAGGGCAGCAAUAUGGGCAGCAAACAUCAUCGAUGAUGCCUACAUCACAUGGGCAGCAAACAUCGCCAAUGAUGCCUACACCACAUGGGCAGCAAACAUCGCCGAUGAUGCCAAGUUCGCAGGUGCUGCCCUACUACCCACAGAUGCCAAAUGUUCCUCAACAACAAAUUCCGAGAAAUGCUAGUGAUGAUGACGAUGACGAUGCUACUACAAAUUUCUUUUAG